GUUAUUCUACUUCUAAUUAUAAAAAAACAUGAUUCAAAUUGAACAUAAUAUGAUUCACAGCUUAUCCGAAACAUUCUAUUGACAGGCUGUCACACAAAUGACGUCAUUGGUUUCAGAAUGACCUUGAGAACACAAAAACGGAUUUCGUUAUUUCAAAUUUUACAUUUGUUUUGAUGCUUUUUUGAUCAUUUAAAAAUAUUUUCUUUAUUUAUUAAUCUAAAUCCAACUUUUUUUAAUUAUGCCUGUACCGUUUCAAAUAGCAGAUGAUAAAAAAAUCUUAAAAUAUAUCAUAGAUAAAAAGUUCGAAUGUGAAGUAGGUGGUAAUGUAAUUUGGCAAAAAAUGGCACAGGAGGAAGUGUGCCCUAAUCGUUCCUGGCAGAGUCUCAAGAACCGAUUUAAGCGCUAUAUAAAGUGUGACAUUGGAAGGCCAGAAUUUGGAUUAACAAUUAAAGAAAUUCAACAUUUAAAACAGAUAUGGGGACUCAAUAAUAACACUCCUCGAGGAGGUUGGUGUGGUAAACCUCUAGAGAUCAAUGUCACAAAAAGCAGCACUACUCAGCCCAAAAAUCAAUGUGAUCAUUUAAUAUCGGAUAGUUCAGAAGAUGAAGGCCUAAAUGAGGAGUUAAGCAAACCAUAUCUGAAUUUACUAAAGCUGUCCUAAUUUUUGGCUGUAUUGAAUGUGACUAAAGAAUAUCUUGUUUUGUUCAAAAGUUUAUCAUAGGGAGAACUUUUUUUUAAAUUUUGCUCUAAUUAUAUUUUUAUUAUGUAUCUGUAUUAGAUAAACUUUCAUUGCAAUUUCCCUCUUAUGAUGCACUAUUUCCCCGUGAAAAUAUAAGAAAGCCUUAUGCCAUUUUAACUAAUACUCGUCAACAAAUAAAUGAUUAUUUGGCCAAUUUGUAGCAGUUAAAGAACACCUAAUCUGUGAUGUUUUCUAAAUAUUUGAAAUUGCCAAUCUUGAUAAGCAUUUUCAAAUCAAAGUUUUAUAACAUAAAAUGUUUUAACAAAGUAUCUUAGCAUGUUACACAUAAAUAAGAUUUAAAAGUCACCUAUGAAUACCACAGCUAAGGUCAAUGAAGAGUGUACAAUGAGGAAAAUGUUAAAAAAUACUAUUUCUUUCUCCUUUAGAAGAUAAAUAAUUAUAUUUUUCUUAAAAUGGUUUUAUUAUAUUAUCGUUUAUUAUUAGUUUAUGCUAUGUGAUAUUUUCUUAUUAUAUGAAUUGCUUUAA